AUGGAUGAUAAAGAAUAUCUUUCGAUCAAAUAUAAAAUUCAUUUGAAAAAUAAUGAUAACAGCUUACUUUCAUCAUCAACGAUAUUAAGCAAUCAACGACAACGAUCAUUUCGAACAAAAUCCAUCAAUUAUGAUUCAUUAAAAAAUGUUACUAGUGAUCAAAAUAUUGAUAAGCAACAUAGGGAGGAACUAAAGUAUGAAACGCCAUCAUCCAGUCAACAAUCAAGAAAAUCGGCUAUAAAUCGAACUGCAAAAAGCGGAACAAAUCUUAAUUAUCCUGCAAUGACAUCUAGUAAAUCAUCACAGACGGACUAUUUCAAAGACAUUGAUCCUUGCACUAAUUGUAACAAUCUUUUAACGCGUGCUACCGAAUUUCUGGCAAAAAUUGAAUUAAAUUAUGGAUUAUCAACAAAAACACCAUCAAGUUUAAGCACUUUUAGCCAAUAUCCUACUACCAGUACUACUGCAUCAUCAAUUAAACAAUCAUCGAAAAAAAUAGGACAGUAUGAUGACAGAAGGAAGGAAAAUAAUAACUCAGAUUUAUCCACUUCCACUUUCGAUAAUAAAGUAAUUCCUAUCAGAUCAUCGUCAAAAGCAAAACUUAUAAAACAUAAGUUAUGA